CACAUUUUUUUGAAAAUUUCCGUUUUAUUUUGAAUAUGUUAUCAACAAUUUUAAAACGUGCUGUUCCUCUGCAAAGAUUGGUAUCAAUGCCGAGAAUAAAACCGACACCACGACAAAUUGGUAGCUUACUUCCACCCUCUCAAUACGAUGUACCGAUACCGAGGAAGCUGCAUCUCAUGUACGCUCUGCGCACUUACUGGGAAAUUAUACCUCUGUUUCUUGUGACAUGCACAAGUUUGUCGCUUAUGGUAUUCUCUUUGGCUUGGGCCUUUAAAAAUAAGGUGGACGUAGUAUACACAGCUCGUAGCCGUGAAAACAUAUCACGUACAAUGAAUUUACGGUAUCCGUCUGUCCACAAAAUAAUUACAAUCAACCAGCGCUACGAGCCCUGGCCCGAGAUGCAGGACGCGCUCGACAAGAUGGUGAUGGCGGAGAAGAGAGCGCUCGUACGUUUGCAGACGUGCAAUUACUGAGUACGUUUCAUGCUUCCCUUGUAGAACGUAGUCUUUAUAUUUUGUUGACUAUUUGUUUUUAAAUAAAACGAACG